CUGUGGGUGCUGGGAGCCCAUCCGUGGGACGUGGAGGCUGGCCGUGCCAGGGGGACGGGGCUGUCCCCACCACGGUCCCUUGCACCUGCAGCGGGCCGUGCUGGCAGCCAAGGCCAGCCCUCGGGCAGCGGUUGGCCCCGGGGCUCCCCGGGGGGCUGCCCAUGCUAAUGAGCCCGGGGGCCUUAUGGCACCUGCUGGCUCCCGCGGGGACACAGCGGGGGACACAACGGGGACACGGAGCUCGCCUGCUGGCCCUGCCAUGCCCCGCUCCUUCCUGGUGAAGAAGCCCUCCAGCACCCGCGUCCCCAACUACAGCCAGCUCGCUUCCCGUGGCCCCCGCAGCCCGGGCACCCCCCUGAAGGACAACCAGACCCUCAACCGGCUGGGGGGGGCGGCCGAGGCGGGGGUCCCCAAGCCUUGCUGCCCCUUCCCGGGGCCGCCCCGGCGCUGGUUCAGCUGCGCGCGCUGCGCCAGGGCGUACGGCAGCCUGGGCGCCCUGAAGCUGCACAUCCGCACCCACACCCUGCCCUGCGUCUGCGGCCUCUGUGGCAAAGCCUUCUCCCGGCCCUGGCUGCUGCAGGGCCACCUCCGCACCCACACAGGGGAGAAGCCCUACGCCUGUCCCCACUGCAGCCGUGCCUUCGCCGACCGCUCCAACCUCCGUGCCCACCUCCGGACCCACUCGGGCGGCAAGAAGUACCGGUGCCGCGCCUGCGCCAGGACCUUCUCCCGCACGGCGCUGCUGGCACGGCACCAGGACGCGGGGUGCUGCGGGGCGGCCUGAGCCCACCCCCCCUGCACCCCGAGAG